CGCCCCCGCUGGGUGUUUGUGGUGGGGCUGCGGAGUCGCCGAUCCCGCCGGAAGCGCCAGGACAAUGGGGACCCGGGACGACGAGUACGACUACCUAUUCAAAGUUGUGCUCAUUGGGGACUCGGGCGUGGGAAAGAGUAACCUGCUGUCCCGCUUCACCCGCAAUGAGUUCAACCUGGAGAGCAAGAGCACCAUCGGCGUGGAGUUCGCCACCCGCAGCAUCCAGGUGGACGGCAAGACCAUCAAGGCGCAGAUCUGGGACACGGCCGGUCAGGAGCGCUACCGCGCCAUCACCUCGGCGUAUUACCGUGGUGCGGUGGGCGCCCUGCUGGUGUACGACAUCGCCAAGCAUCUGACGUACGAGAAUGUGGAGCGCUGGUUGAAGGAGCUGCGGGACCACGCCGACAGCAACAUCGUCAUCAUGCUGGUGGGCAACAAGAGCGACCUGCGCCACCUUCGGGCCGUGCCCACGGACGAGGCCCGCGCCUUCGCAGAAAAGAACAACCUGUCCUUCAUUGAGACCUCCGCCUUGGAUUCCACCAAUGUAGAGGAAGCCUUCAAGAACAUCCUCACAGAGAUCUACCGCAUCGUGUCACAGAAGCAGAUCGCAGACCGCGCAGCCCACGACGAGUCCCCGGGCAACAACGUGGUGGACAUCAGCGUGCCGCCCACCACCGACGGACAGAAGCCCAGCAAGCUGCAAUGCUGCCAGAACCUGUGACCUCACCCCCGCCCCCUCCACUGCCCCGAGCCUGCGUGCACGUCCUCAUCCUCCCAGCCACCCGCCUCCCCUAUCCCCCUGGGACCCCUGGCUCCUGCCCUCCCCAUGAGCCCCCGGGAGCCGGAAUCCAGCGGUGCCUGCCUGUCCCUGCCCUCCACUUCUGCCCCUCAUGGGCCCCAGGGGCUCCUUGGUGGGCAGGGUGCACAGGCUGGCUGGCUGAGCAUGCUUCUUGCAUUUUCCACGGCAGACUCCCUGGGACUGGUUCCCUCCGCCCUCUCUCUCUGGCUACUGGGCCCAGCCGGCCCCUCGCCCCACCCUUAGCCCCUCCAGGCUAACACCACAGAGGCAGGAGGUUGGCAGGGUGAGGGCAGGGAGCGGAGGGCAGGCAGACCCUGGGCAGACACAGGGCAUCGCACAUGCUCCCCAGAUUUGGCCAGCAUGCCCUGGACGCCUCCAGCUCCUGCCUGCAGAGAAGCCCCUCGACCCCCGUCACCCCUCCGUUCUGCACGCAGCUCACGCUCCACCUGACGCCCACCCCUGUCAUCUCCCCCUCUGGUCAGGAGCCUGCUCGCCAGGGAAGCAAUAUCUGUGUUUUGUACAUACGACCGCUCAUGUGGCCUCUGGUUUUUGUUAUUGUAGAGACAGACACGUAUUCUUUAUACACUUUGUCAGAUUGACGCCAAACCCCCGCUGUCGACCUCUUCUUCGCCCCGUGCCACCGCACCGUCCCCCUCAACGCCUCGCGCCCCAGACUAAAGUGUGUACCCGACUUCUAGACGGAAA